AAUCACGCUUUCAUGAAAGUUUAUCAAUCGCGUGUCACGCACACUGUACAAUUGAAAAGCUGUAUAUUUCUAUGACAAGAACGCUCCUUUUUUAAUUUAAACCAAAAACCGAAGAGUCAUUAAUCGCUCAAGGAUGUUCAGUCGCGACAUAUCAUAAUGAAAACAGUCGAAGAAGCUCUUUAAAUAUGAUGUACUAAAACUAAAGCUUGCUUAACUGCUAGUUUGCGCUUUAAGAAUCAAAGACGCAGAAUCAAACAUCUAUAUAGGAUGUAUUGUCUGGGAUUUUUUUUACAAGCGGAUUGAAAUAUUCAAGGAUUAGGACUCUUCUAUCUUGCUACCGACCUCUAUAAUUCAACAGUUCUUGUGAAGAAAAGAAAGAUGCUUGUCUUAAACGUGAAGUAUUCCAUCCAUUCGCAAGGCUGUGCCGUUGGCAGAUUCAAUUAGGACACGCACAGUGUCUUUUUAAGGAAGCUAUCACAACUUUGAACAAUGAGUUUUCUUAGUCAGCCUGUCUGUUUUUUGUUCAAAGGUUCCUAUCGCCGAUCUUGUCUCGUCAUCGACGUAUUAUACAUCACAAUGCUUUACAAUUCGUUGUCGGGAAUCAGGUCGGUUUGUUAUCAACAAGAUAUCGGGUAUUUUCUAUCUAUAAAAGCUUUGGUUCUUCCUUUUUUUGGUCGCUUCUAACUGAUAUUGACGUUCUAUACACUCCCUCUGGAAGUAUUAUGACCUGAACUGCUAAUAAAGAAGAUAAGUAUCAAAGAGUUCCUUCUUCUUUUUCAUAAUACUUUGUGUUCAUACUGCUCUCUCGAAGUCGUCAAUUUCCACCAAUCUUUCUAUUGAUUUCUAAACAUCGAUUACAAUAUCCGCCGCCAAUCGGACUAGCUUGUUUUAGUAUCAAUAACUUUAGAAUUCUAAAUCCUAUAUCAACGGACUUUCUCUCAAGCGCUUCACUGAGCUACGGAGUCUGACCCUCAAGUAUCUUCGUCAACGGGAUAUAGGCUGGAUAAUUUCCAAAUCCUCAAAGAAACCUGCUCUGAUGUUUUGGAAAUUGUUAUCUUUUCUUCUUUUGAUUUACUAAAAAUUAUUUGUUUUCCCUUCUCUUUUCAUGCCAAUUAUCCCUAUAAUUGCAUAUUCAGUAACAAAUCGAGCCUCCGAAUACAUUCACCCUCUUUUUUGAGAAUCCAUACCUUGUGCGUUUAAAGCUGACUAUAGCUUUUAUAAAGCAAUUCUUUAAUAAUCUCUUUUAUUUCUGCUGUCUUUACUACGCUACAACAUGGGAUGUAUGUCCAGUAAGUAUACAGAUUCCUCAGGCGGAGAAGUUAGUAAAAAAAAGCUAGUUAAAUUAGAAAACCCAGGAAGAGUCUCUUCUCCUGAAAGCGAAAGAAAUACAGUAAAGGAACAUUGGUUGAAUAUCGUCUUGCGCGGUAAACCACAGAAUUCGAAUGCGGCUGUGUCAAACGCCAAUGGAAAUGGCAAUGAAAUCAAAGUUUUAUUGCUUGGUGCUGGUGAUAGCGGGAAGACAACGAUUAUGAAGCAGAUGCGUCUUCUCUAUAGUCCAGGAUUUAACCAGGCUGCUAGAAGGCAAUAUCGAAUCAUGAUUUUUGAGAACAUAAUUACAUCUGUGUGCUUACUUUUAGAAGCCAUGGAAAAUAGUGGCAUGAGUUUAUUGCCAGAAAACGAGAAAUAUCGACCGAUCAUAUUGAGAAAACACACCAUUCAAUUGAAUGAACCUUUUCCCGCGGAUCUUUACGAGGCAUUGAGGGCUUUAACGCUCGAUCCAAAAAUACGGGCUGCACAAAAUUGCGGCUCUAAUCUUUCUCUUUUGGAUAACUUUUAUUAUUACCAGGACCAUAUCGAUCGAAUCUUUGACCCACAGUAUUUGCCCUCUGAUCAGGAUAUUCUGCAUUGCCGAAUUAAGACCACAGGAAUUUCUGAAGAAACAUUCUUACUAAACCGUCAUAGAUACCGUUUCUUUGAUGUUGGUGGUCAACGCUCGGAACGCAGAAAAUGGAUCCAUUGCUUCGAGUCCGUCACAGCAUUACUUUUCCUUGUUUCACUUGCUGGAUACGAUCAGUGCUUAGUUGAAGAUAAUAGUGGUAAUCAGAUGCAAGAAGCGUUGUUAUUGUGGGACUCGAUUUGUAAUUCAAGUUGGUUUGCGGAAUCCGCAAUGAUUUUGUUCCUUAAUAAAUUGGAUUUAUUCAAACGAAAAGUUCAUAUAUCUCCGAUUCAGCAGUAUUUCCCUGACUACCAGGAAACACCAACCACUCCAACAUUUGUCCAAACCCAGUGUCCGUUUUCUGAUAAUGCUGUAAGGAGUGGUAUGUAUUAUUUCUACUUGAAGUUUGAAAGUUUAAAUCGCAUUGCUUCUCGUAGCUGUUAUUGUCAUUUUACUACUGCUACAGAUACGAGUUUGCUACAGCGAGUCAUGGUUUCCGUUCAAGAUACAAUUAUGUCAAAUAAUUUACAAUCUUUAAUGUUUUGAGGAAGACAAUGACUUUUUUGAUGAAAAUACUAUUUAAUCAUACUAGUGAUCCCUCAAGUAACUGCGCUGUUUACUUAAAACCUCAUUGAAUCUCUAUGUCGCAUAUAUUUUGCCUGUAAUUCUUUACACUCUUCUUGCAUCUACCUCCUUUUUGAACGCUUAAGUUUUGUUGAUACCGACAGUUGGGCAUUCCUUUUGUUCUUGGACUAAUUUCGUCCACUGUUUCAUUCAUAUUAUUAAUUAUUCUAUAGUGAAGACUUUUUUGAGUACGAGCACAAGUCCGAUUCACGUGCUAGCGUUUUACGAGAAUGCUGAUACACUAUAUGUUAGGAUGUUAUGUGACGAUUCCGUCAAAAGUAAAGCAUUCUCUAAAUACAAGGUAUAAUGUCUGAAGCCCUUGAAUUCCUUCUAAUCACCAACCUUGUUUGUGUAUAAUUUCUCAAGAUAACAUUUGGACGUUUACAAUUUCCAAUCAAUUGAUACCACGUUGCAUUCGAUAACGCUAUUUUGUAAACAAACAAACCAGUGUAUGAGAAUUCGUGUAAAACAUUCGACCAAAGUAAAAACAAUCACCGUCGAGAGGAGAAGGCAUCUGCUGCAAAAAUCAUAUGAAGUAGCACGUAAAUAUGCAUAAGCGAGAAUGACCAGAAUUCAGUCUCAAAAAUUUGUUUUACU